UUUGCAGACCGCUUGCUGUACAUCUACACCUCGGGCACGGAGGGCCUUCCAAAGGCGGCCAUCAUCAAGCACAGUCGCUUCAUUUACAUGGGCGCCGGGUCGCACUACAUGCUGGCCAUGACCGAGGAGGACAUUCUCUACACCAGCCUACCUCUCUACCACCUGGCCGGCGGCACGGUGGGCGUCUGCCAGGCGGCCAUCUUCGGCAACACCAUGGUCAUUCGCAGCAAGUUCUCCGCCUCGAACUUCUUCAAGGACUGCGUCAAGUACCGGUGCACCGUCGCCCAAUACAUUGGCGAAAUCUGCCGGUACCUGCUGGCCCAACCCGAGUCGCCCUACGACAAGACGCACUCCCUUCGACUGCUCUUUGGCAACGGCCUCCGGCCGAACAUCUGGCGCGAGUUUGUCACCCGCUUUAACAUUCCCCAAAUUGGCGAGCUGUACGGCUCCACCGAAGGCAAUGCUAGCAUGAUCAACGUCGACAACACCGAAGGCGCCUGUGGCUUCAUCUCGCAGAUCGGCUCCUUCCUCUACCCUGCCAAUCUGAUCAAGGUGGACGAGAAGACGGGCGAGCCGAUCAGAGACCGAAACGGCCUCUGCAUCAAGGUCUCCGCCAAUGAGACGGGCGAGUUUGUCGGCAAGAUUAUCGAGAACGACCCCAGUCGCGCCUUUGACGGCUACGCCAGCAAGGACGCCACCGAGAAGAAGAUCAUCCACAAUGUCUUCAGCAAGGGCGACGCCGCUUUUGCCUCGGGCGACCUCCUCACGAUGGACCGCUUCGGGUACCUCUACUUCAAGGACCGCUGCGGCGACACCUACCGCUGGAAGGGCGAGAACGUCUCGACGAUGGAGGUGGAGGCGAUCAUCAGCAACAUCCUCAACCUCUCCGACGCCAUCGUCUUCGGGGUGCCGGUGCCCGGGUGCGAGGGCAAGGCAGGCAUGGCCGCCAUCCUCGACCCUGAGCAGCGUGUAGACCUGGAGCAGCUGCUGGAGAAGCUGCGCGCCAACAUGCCCCUCUUCUCCGUUCCCGUCUUCAUCCGCCUGGCGAAGCACUUCGAGAUGACGGCCACGCACAAGCUUCCAAAAGUGACGCUGAAGCGCGACGGUUACGACCCCGCCGCUACCGCCGAUCCGCUGUACAUGCUCGACGCAAAGCAGGGCAAGUACGUGCGCAUUGACCAGGCCCUCUACGAGGACAUUCAGAAGGGCGUCGUCAAGUUCUAG